CUACGGUAGACCGAGAUCUCCUACCAUGGGGGAAGAAGGCGGCGGCCGCAGCUGUGGGAUCACUAAGGAGCUGCAGAAGCUGAAGCAGCAGGCGAUGGAGUACUACCGGGAGAACGACGUUCCGCGCAGGCUGGAAGAGCUGCUCAACUCCACCUUCUACCUCCAGCCUGCCGACGUCUACGGGCACCUGGCAAACUACUUUUCCAAACUUGCAAAGCCUCCCACUAUAUGCAGAGUAGUGGGCAAAAGCAUACUGGACGGACUGGGGCUUCCCACACUGCAAGUGGAAAUAUUCUGCAUCAUUCAAAAUUUUUCUAAGCAUAUCUGUUCCGUGGAGAUCUCCACUGACUUUGAAGUCCUGGAGAAUGCUCUGCCAGAGCUGGUGGACGCAGAAGAGGCAGAGAGGAACAUGGCGGUGAACAUGGCGGUGCAGUGGAUCAACGAGGCCAUCACGGAGGAGCUGCAGGGCCUGAUACCCACCAAGCAGGCCGAGGUGGACCAAGUGCUCAGGACAUUCUUUGCAAAUAAAGUGCAAGAAGAUAAGGAGCGGAAAGAGCUGGAGAAAACCAUGGAAGAGUCUACAGCGCCUGCCCCUCCACCUGUCAUACCGCCCCCGCUCCCUCAACCUCCUUCCAAAAAGAAAGGCCCCAAGUCAGGACGAAAGGAAACUCUAGUAGAGAAACCCAUCCCGCCUGCAGAACCCCCUGAAGCUGUACUCUGUGGCAGUAUGGCCAUCGGGGCUGUGUCACUAGCUAUUGCCAAAACCAGUGCCACACUGGACAAUAUUCCUCUGUAUUUAAACAUGGCAUUGCUGAAGCACAAUCAGGAACAGCCAGCAGCACUGACUAUGCCUUUGUUGAUGGGAUCUCUGGUCAGCUGUGGAAAGUCAUCACCUGGGAAGUUGAAUUUAAUGAAAGAAGUGAUUUGCAUACCCCACCCUGGAUUAUCAACCAAACAAGGCGUGGAGAUGCUUUUGGAAAUUCAGAAACAAAUUAGCAAAGCAAUGGAAACGUUGCCACCACCAAAAGCAGAGACAAAGAAAGGGCAUGAUUCAAGCAAAAGAGGUCAACCACUGAUCACUGGCAAGAUGUCCCACCUUGGCUGUUUAACCAUUAACUACGACACAAUAGAACAACCACUGCUUCUCAUCCAGGGAGCCUGUGCAAACCUGGGGCUAGAACUGGGCACGAAUCUGCAUCUGGCCAUCAAUUGUGCUGGCCAGGAGCUCAUGGACUAUAGUAAGGGAAAGUAUGAAGUGAUGGGAGGCACCUACAAAAACACCACCGAGAUGGUUGACCUGUACGUGGACCUGAUCAACAAGUACCCCUCCAUUAUUGCCUUAAUUGAUCCUUUCAGGAAGGAGGAUGUUGAACUGUGGGAGAGUAUCUACACUGCACUUGGUUCCAAGUGCUAUAUAAUUGCAGGAGCUGCAUCCAAGAGCAUCCCAAAACUUCUAGAGAACCAAAUCACCAGCAUCCCCAAAUGCCAUGGACUGAUCCUGAGACAUACCAAUCAAACAACCAUGUCUGACAUGGUGGAAAUAACCAAUCUUAUUGACAGUAAGAAGCAAAUCGUCAUUCUUGGUACUACAGAAGGAGAAUCGUCUGAUGACAGCCUUGUCGAUUUGGCUGUUGGGCUCGGUGUCCGGUUUAUCAAGUUGGGGGGUCCUUCUCGAGGAGAACGAGUGACUAAGUACAAUCGUCUUCUGAAUAUAGAGGAAGAACUUGUCCAGAAUGGGACCUGGGGUGCCAGUGAAGAACACACUUUUUUCCCCUUUACCGAGGAUGCUGCAAAGUCACUGGAGCCUCCUACCACUGCACCAAGUGAGCUGCUGGCUCCCCUGGAACCCAUAUUCCCCACGGAGGUUGUAGAGGACUCAACCAAAACAUGAGCAUCUUUGGGAUGGGGCCGGACCUCCAGGUCUGAAAUGUGUCUCCAUGUUGGCUUUGUUGUUAAAAAUUUCACGAAUUCAUGUGAUUCAUGUCAUCCAUUUAAUCUCACUGUUUGGUGUAUAUGUAUAAUUUUUGCCCCCAAUGUUACCUAUGAACUUUAUCAGGGAGACAAUAAUUCCACUCUCAUUUUUUCAGGAUCACCAUCUAGCUUUCCUUGACUUAUUUUUGUUUCCAAAUUCCGCCCUUUAACAUGUCAUCCAUCACAAAGUAGAACACCUCUAAAAAAAAAAAUCUGAAUCCUUCAAGAAGCUCUCCGUGACGAGUGGGUGUCUCCUUCUGUGUUCAUUUUCUACCUCUGUGCUGACACACGGCCAGCCUCGGGUAGAACAAGGAAAGGGGUGCAUACACUUUGGGGAACAGCUGGACAGCAUCAGCUU